CGUCGCCAUGAGCGGAGCGCGUAGUCUUUGCACGCUGGUGGAUUUGCAGACGGCGGACGAGCACCCGGACAGUGUGAAAGUCUUAAGGCUGACCCUCCAGAAUGACCUUCCUGGCGACCGACGUAACCAAGUAAAGCAAAAGCCGGUGGGGAGGGCCUUCGCCAUGGUAGCCAACCAGCCCGCCAACAGCCAUGCCCUGGCUUCCGAAUGCGUCAAAUCCAACGAUGGUGAUGAAGAGAUCAUCAAGGUGUAUCUCAGAGCGCGGGCCGAAGACAGGGCGAAGCAGGGAAACGACCUCUCUCCAUUGACAAACGACAACUGUCACCCGCAAGAGCUUACCCUGGGCAAGUCCAACGGCUUCCAGCCUCUUCGAACGGUUUCGUAUCGCAGCGUAUCCGUCAGCCAGGAUGAGCCGAUGUACCCUGCAGAGGACAUCUCGGUCAUGCGCGAGACAGCCAAGAGGCUCUUUUCUAAACUUCAGGAGGCUGAGAAGAGGCAUCAGUCGGACCGGGCUGCCUAUGAGACGUCCAUCUCCCACUACCAGCGGGAGGCGGAGCAGUCGGGCAUAGCCCUCCGGAAAGCCGAAACGGAGUUGGAACUGAAGGACCUCAAGUUGGAGGAUUUGCAAAGGCUCCUGGCUGGCAUGGAGAAGGAGCACCAGGUCCUGCUGCAGAAGGUGAGGGACGGCGAGUCAGAGCUGGAAUUGCUGAGGAACGUGCAGGAGGACUGGGUGGCCAAGCAGGAAAGGUCGGCCAAACUAGAGGAGGAGGUGGCCACGCUGCGGGAGAAGAUCCACCACCUGGACGACAUGCUCAAGAGCCAGCAGCGCAAAGUCCGGCAGAUGAUCGAGCAGCUGCAGAACUCCAAGAUGGUGAUCCAGUCGAAAGACACGAUCAUUCAUGAGCUUAAAGAGCGAGUGGCAUACCUGGAGGCCGAGAACCUGGAGAUGCACGAUCGCAUGGAACACCUGAUCGAGAAGCAAGCCAACCCCGGGGCCUUCCACACCCGCACCCGUUCCAAAUCGGAGACGCUCGGCAGCAAAAGGUUCACCAAACCUCUGGGACCAAAACCUUUGCCCCUGAUCAGAGUGUUGGAAACAUGAACAGGAUCGUGCCUGGAAAAUUGUGCCCACUGGAAACCCGCUGGAUGUAGGCAUUCGCCUCUCCUUUAUCGCUUCGACCCCCAGGCUCCCCACCUCACCACCUCCUGUGCCAAGGGAGGGAGUCGGCAUGAGCAGGAAGGCCUCCCCCGGGUCAAAAGCUGUGAAUUUUUUCGGAUGGUGUGGAUCGGGGAGGAAAAUGUGGGACUGUAGAAUAAAAUCGAGUGAUUGGAUAGCGGGUUACUUUAGAAAAGGACAGUGCCUUUUAAACUUCCACACUCAACCCCCCCCCCCCCAAAUUUCAUAGCUUGGUU